UUUAUGCUUAAUCCUUAAUCAUGUCCAAACUGUAACUUAAUUGCUUGGUUGAAUCAGGAAUGGGUCAUCAAAAAUUCCUCAGAAGGCAUCUUCAAUCGCACCCAGAUCAUCUAGUGUGUCUAAGACGACUAGAUCUGAAUCUGAUUCAGCCAACUCGAAGCUCACACCGACAAACUCCUCAACUGAAAGAUGCCGUAAGAUGAUUGACCGUCGGUUACCCAAAAGCUCAGUCAUUGAGGAUUGUAGUUCAUUUAAUUUAUGGAGAAACGACCAAUCCAGUCCAGUGAGCUAGAAUCUCAGAUCAGUCAGCUCCAAGAGGACCUGAAGAAGAUGAAGGAACAGCUGAAGUCAUGUGACUCAUCAAACAGUCAGGUACAGCAGGAAGCUGAUGAAGUGAAGAAACAGCUCACAGCCAAGUCGGCAAAAAUAGAAGAAUUACAGCUACAGUUGUUGGAAUUUUCCACAGCUGAGGACAAUCGACUCGAAAUGCUUAGUAAAAUCUCCCAGGAGCACAAUUCAGUAUGGCAGUCUGAGCUCGAGGCUCUCCAGAAACAGCAUUUGCUUGACUCGACCAUCCUAUUGUCUGCAAUGAAUGAGAUUCAGUGGAUGAAGCAGCAGCUCGAUGUUAUGAAAUCAGAAACAGGGCAGUCUGAGGAUUCAAAAAUGAUAAAACCUGAAGUAUAUACCUUGAAAGAAGAAAUGGCAGGCACUCUGUCCAACAUUGAGAACCUUAAAAUAAAGAAUGGGGAGAGAGGGUUGGCAGAAGAAGCAACAAAAUUUAUUCUUUCUGAAACCCAGAACCACCUGAAAAUAGCUAAUACUACCAUUCAAUCUCUCCAUGCUGAUGGUUAUAAUUUUUUGAAGUCCUUGAACUCUGUAACAUCAAAGCUGGAAGAGUCUAAAAUUCGAGUUAGUGUUCUCGAGGAAUUACUAACGGAAUAUCAGAUAGUUGCGGAGGAUAAUGAAGCUGAUAGAAGAAAUCCUCCUUGUAAGGUUGAAUGCGGAGCUUUGCAGUUAGAAUUAGAGCAGUUGGGAGUUGCGCUUAAAGCAGCUGAAGCUAAGCACCGUGAAGAACAAAGUCGAACUGCAAUUCAAAUCCAAUCAGCAUAUGAAACUGUUGAGCAUGUGAAGUUUAAUGCAAGGAUGAGAGAAUCAGAACUAAAUUCAAUCAUAGAGAAAUCCAAAGUUGAACUUUCAGAGUUGAAUGAACGAUUGCUUGACAUGGAAAAGGAAGUCCAGAACAUAUCAAAAAGGAACAAGGAGCUGAGAGAGGAAUUGAGCAAGGGUGAGGCUAAACAAUUUGACUCUGAGUUGAAGCUAAUGAAGGCUGCAACAGAUGUUCAAGAACUAAACGCAAACCUCUUGGAUAAAGAAACAGUUCUCCAAAGAAUUUUGGAACAGAAUGAAAUCUUGAUUUCAGAGCUCAACAAGAGAGACAGUGAACAUCAAAAUAUAUAUUCUGCAGCUAUUGCCGAUGCUGAGAAGGCAAGGGCUGCAAAGAAGGAAGCAUUGAUAAGAAUAGGUCUUAUUGAAGAUGAGGCCGAGAAGAGCAGUAAGAGGGCAGUGAAAAUUUUAGAGCAGCUGGAGGAAUCCAGAGCAGUGAACUUGGAGCUGGAAACUAAGCUAAAGAGGCUUAAUGUGCAGUCAGAUCAAUGGAGAAAGGCAGCAGAAGCUGCUUCAGCCAUUCUCACAUAUGAAAAUGAUGGCAGAAACAUUGAGGAUUCUAAUAAGAAUUUCAUAUCUGGUAAGCUGACAGACUUGCUUUUCUUUGACGACUUGGAUGAUGAAUCACUAAAGAAGAACAAUAGUUUACUGAGAAAGAUUGGUGAAUUAUGGAAAAAGAGCCCAAUAUGAGCAUUCCUAAGAUCUUAUGUUGCAAAACCUUCAACAAUUCAUUGCUUUGAUGUUUCUUUAGCCAGAUCAUUUAGGCUUCAUUUGAUACAGUUUUAUUUUUUGCUUUAACAAUAGAAAAAUUCAUUGUUGUGAUGUUUCUUUAGCCAAAUCAUUUAGGCUUUGUUUGA